AUGGGAAAUGUAACCUCAAACAUAGCUGCAAAAUUUGCAUUUUUCCCACCAGAACCACCAUCGUAUGAUGUUUUUAGAGACGAAGAAGAUACACCAAAUGGCGAUAAAAGAUACUGUAUUACAGGGCAGAUGCAAGAACUAUUUAUCGAGCUCAGAGCUCACCUCAGACUCAAUAUCAUGAGUUAUGACUACUCGGGAUAUGGAGCAUCAACGGGGAAGCCGUCUGAACUCAACACAUACUACGACAUAGAGGCAGUGUACAAUUGUUUGAAGGACAAAUAUGGAAUUAAACAAGAAGACAUCAUCUUAUACGGCCAAUCCGUUGGCAGUGGGCCCACGUUACACUUGGCAGCUCGGUUACAAAGGUUGAGAGGCGUUGUUCUACAUAGCGCCAUUCUUUCAGGAAUACGAGUUUUAUAUAAUGUCAAGAUGACAUUUUGGUUCGAUAUAUUCAAGAACAUCGACAAAAUACAGAAAGUUAGCUGUCCGGUUUUAGUUAUACACGGAACAAACGAUGACAUUGUUGACUUUUCACAUGGGAAACGAUUAUGGGAACUUGCAAAAGAAAAGUAUGACCCAUUAUGGGUUCAAGGUGGAGGCCAUUGCAACAUUGAAACAUACCCAGAGUACAUAAGGCAUUUGCGCAAGUUUAUAAGUGCAAUGGAGAAGGUGUCGGUUUCAAAGCCAAGUAAGCAAAGAAGUUCUUCGGGACCAAGUAUGACAGGUGUCAAACACAACAAAUGUUUGAGAUUUGGUAAAAAGUAGAUGUAAUUUUGUGUUGAUGUUUGAGAAAUUAUGCAUAAAUCUUGGCUGUUUGAUUCGUUUUUGGUUGAAUUCGAGUGAGUUUUGUUGUUGUUUCUACUCGGCGUAUUCGAUUGGGGUUCUUGUGUAAUUAGGAUCAUUGAUUUUUUAAGUAGAUGUUAGAAAUUUUAUGUAAUGAAAAAACCCCACGAAUUGUUGUGUUGUGAAUUUGGUUUUAUUUGUUGUUCACUACUUGUGGGCAAAGAUUUUAUUGGUUUUUUAAUGAUGCAUAUUUUAACAAAAGAUA